AUGUCACCUACUACUGGUUCUUCUCUCGCCCUCCGCCAUGGGGUGCAGUCCACUCGUCCAACAGCCAUCGCUCACGAGCUUAACAAAACCUUCGCGGACAUUCGCGCCACUGCCGUACUCUACGAUGAGCAUCUUUCGAAGAUGCAAGUCCAGAUCCGUACUCUCGCAACUGAACGUACUGGGAUCUUGUAUGACAAGGACGCAGCGAUCACAGGGCUGAAGCGCGAAGUCCACGAACUACAAGCCCAGAAGACAGCUCUCUCGCGCAAUUUGCUUGAAGAGAGUAGCAAUAUGAAACUGGCGGUGGCGUGCGGUGAGGAUCUUGCAAAACAGCUUGGAGUUCAAGGCAAGGAGGUUGUGACGCUCAAGGAUAGGGUCACCGAGCUCGAGAGUGAAUUAGCUAAAGAGAAAGCCAAAUACAUCGCAGAAAGAGGCGCGAACGAGAAAUUACGCAGCAUCAGCGAGAAGUGCGCCGAGAUUGCAAGACUUGUGGGGGGUCAUCAAUGCGAAUUGCAGAUCCAGAUGCUGAGUACAAGGGAGCGACAGGUUCUCAGUCUAAGCAGCGCGCUCGAUAAAGAGCGGUUGGAGCAUGAGAAGCACAUUGAAGACCUAGAAACAACACACGCGAAAGAGAUCGCGGCCGUCAAUGAGCAUCACGAUCGCCAUCUUGCGCAGAUCGAAGUGCGUCACAGCGAAGAGCUCACGCGCGUCAAGUUGUGGCAGCGGAGGUCAACAUUGGAAGCCGAAGUGGAGAAGACGAAAGAAGAGGCGAAGAUGAGAGCUCUUUGGCAAGAGACUAGAAUCCAGGAACUGGAGCGCGAAAACGACCAUGUUAAGCAUCAACUGGCAAACUCGCAGAGGGAUUCACAAUGGAAGAACUGGAUGAAGACGAUAAUGUCAUAA